AUGAUUUGUUCUUCCGCCUUGAACGUCCCGAACCUCCGGCAACCGCCGUCCUCCUCCCCCGGCACCGAACCAAAUCCCAACCGCUCUGCCCCUUCUAAACCUAACUCCCUACCUCUUCCCGCCACAGGUUCUUUCCCGGAAUCCGACACCAUCUCCCCCUCCAGAAAACUCCGCGGCAGCGCUCAGCUCAACCGCUGGUCUAGGGCUCGAGCAAUCCGUUCCGGCCGCAAAUUGGAACGGCCCGGCCAUCGAGCUCAGGUCCUCGACCGAGUCGACUCAGUUGAUCAGCUCAACGACCGCGAAUCGCUCGAGUUUGGUGCCGGGAGAACGAAUACCAGAAGAGACGAUGAUGACUACCGCGAGGAGGUCGCCGUCGGGAAAUCGAUUUACAUGGUCUCCGACGGAACUGGAUGGACGGCGGAGCACUCCGUCAACGCCGCGCUUGGCCAGUUCGAGUACUGCUUGGUCGAUCGCGGUUGCCCCGUCAAUACUCAUCUCUUCUCCGGGGUAAUUGAAUCUACUAUCGACGAUGUGGAGCGGCUGAUGGAGAUUGUGAAGCAGGCUGCCAAAGAAGGCGCGCUGGUGAUCUACACGCUAGCAGAUUCAUCCAUGGCGGAAUCUGUGAGAAAAGCCUGCGAGAUUUGGGGGAUUCCGUCGACUGACAUCUUAGGCCCAAUCACGGAGGCGAUCUCUUCUCACAUCGGAGUCUCGCCGUCGGGGAUUCCACGUGGAGCCGCGGGGAGAAACGUUCCCCUAUCGGAAGAAUACUUUCAGCGAAUUGAGGCCGUGGAAUUCACCAUCAGGCAAGAUGACGGGAAUCUCCCGCAGAACUUGAGGAAGGCCGAUAUAGUGCUAGUCGGGGUUUCCCGUACCGGGAAGACUCCAUUGUCGAUUUACUUAGCUCAGAAAGGAUACAAAGUAGCUAAUGUGCCCAUGGUGAAUGGAGUUGACUUGCCCAGGAGCUUGUUUGAAGUGGACCCUGAGAAGGUGUUUGGGUUGACGAUUAACCAGCAUGUUCUGCAAGCGAUUCGGAGAGCUAGAGCGAAGACUCUGGGAUUCAGCGACGAAACGAGGAGUAAUUAUGCUGAGAUGGAUCAUGUGAGGGAGGAAUUGGAAUAUGCAGGCAGGGUUUUUGCACAGAAUCCUGCUUGGCCAGUGAUUGAAGUGACAGAGAGGGCAGUUGAAGAAACUGCUGCAAUUGUGCUGAGGCUCUACCAUGAUAGGAAGAACAGAUGCUUGAUGCCUAGGAUUUCGAAACGCUACUAGAGUUCAUACUCCGCUCACUUUCUUAUUCAUACGAUGUUUACUUUGGAUUUCCACUUGCAGAAGAAAGCUACUUGGCUUGUGAAUCAAUUGAUGAAGACCAUUCUGUUUAUAGAAAUAAUAUGAUGGCUCUUUCUGGUACCUUCAUUCCCCUAGUUGUGACUACUCAACUAGCAACUAGCUACAUUGCCCACUUCUUCUUGCUCCACUGCCAAAUUAUUGGCGUUUGUUGUGUUAAGGCCUUACCAUGGCAAAGGAUAAACAUGUUCAAUGUCGUGAAUUCUGAAUCGCUACUAGGAUUCAUGUUCACCUCACUUCCUUGUAAGCAGCCACAUACACUCUCAUAUAUACAGACGAUGUUACAUUGGAUGGAAGAAAGUUGGAUUCUUGGCUUGUGAAUGAGAUGGACAUAUUUGUUCUUGAAAGGGAAUAAUUUUUCUGAUGGACAUAGUGGCAUAUGCAUUUGGUUUGCCUCAUAGAGUGACUGAAAGUGCAAGGGCUAAAGGCAAAGACAGCCCUCUCAGUGGGAUCGCCAAAAGAAGCCAUUACAAAAUUCAGGAGGUUUCCAAGGGAUGGGCUGGUUGGUUAGACGACUUGAACGAGGGAAUAAACUAAAGAGACCCCAAAAGGUAAGUAACUAGGAGCUUUCCAUCCAUGUGCACAAUCUAAAUGUUCUUCUCUCAUAUUUAUAAAACAAAGAGGAACGGACUACCAGUGAAUGCCGUCUGUCCUUUGUCGUGUUGCUGCAGCAGCUGCUGCUUCUGCUUGAUUUCUCCAGCGAGAGAGAGAAGAAGAAGGAAGGAAGGGAGGAAGAAGAUGGGAUGGAAGUGAGGGAAUUGGGUGAAAUGGAGGUUUAACGUUAGAAAAAUAUGGAGGAUUUUGAUUUGUUUGUUGAAGAAACAAAAUAAAUUGGGAGAUUUGAUACUGGUUUUUUUUUUUUUAAUUUCUAAUUCUUUUUUUAUAAAAUAAAUUUUUAAUAUGGUGGGUUUCAGACUGCCAGAUGGGAAAUGGGAUUAUGGGGGAGAAAUGGGUAUUUAUAUAUAGGGAGAGGAUGGCUGAGUUGUUGG